AUGGGCACCCCGAACACCCAUUUCCACUGGCUCCUGCAGGAAUUCACCGCAGAGCGGGGUGUUGACAAGAGAGCUGGAUGUUUCGUGUUAAUCCCCUGGGCAGACUGUGUCUCGUGUGACGGGAAACAGGAGCCGUACGAAAGCAUGACCAGCGGGAGACCCCAUGCCCAUGGGAUCAGUUUUGGUCUCAAGACAGUCAAGACAAACAGGAACAGGCUAACGGCAACACAAAGCAGCAAGCUAGUAGGCGAGUCAUACAAUAGGCGCGGGAAUGCCUCCUCACGGUGGAGGGGAGACGACCUGCCCUCUGAACUUCCUGGGGAAACAACGAAAGAUGCAUCGAAUAUGCUCCGCACGCGUAGGCCAUUGACGGGCAAAGCCGAAAAGCAAGCGUCUGCGCCGAAUCGUGCACAGUAUUUGACAUCUAGUUGUCUUUCCGAGAGGCAUCGAGAUGGCAACAACAUCACCAACCCUGCAUUGGAGAAGCAGGAUAACCAAGACCAAAAUAACAACUCCAGCAAACGUCAACAACCAACCCUUCGGACCCCUCCUGACGCGGCUCAAACCACAAACCGACCGCCUUUUCCCAUAUUCCGCCAUCGCAUCCUCCCCUCAUCUUCCUCGACCCAUAUCCUUUGUCUCCGCCGUCGUCGUCCCUCGACCAAAAAGGGAGCAGGUCCCUUAGCAUCAGAUAUGCAGGAACAUUCGCAGCCCGACGAGGGCUACUCCGAAGACCCUCUCAACCCCAGCCCUAUCUCGCUAUUAGGCCCCUCUUCUAUAUCUGUCGGCCCUGAUACCGUCGAGCUACCCGCCUCUCACGACCUCGCCUCGUGGCUUUCCAAAAGUCUACCAUAUCUACCUGUAUCGAUCAAGUCGCAGCUUGCCAUCGCCUUGCUCGACGACCUCCCUUCACCUGUCAUCGCCCAGAUCGCAGAACGUCUGCGCUCACGCCUCUACAUCGACUUCGUCCGAUACAUCCCCCCUGAAAUCUGCUUGAAGAUUUUCGGCUAUCUCGACCCCGUCUCUCUUGUGAACGUCGCCUGCUGUUGCCGCUCUUGGUACAGCCUCGCUGUCGACUGGAAGCUAUGGGAAAGACUAUACCACCUGGAAGGAUGGCGCGCUGUGUAUCCAGAAAUUGAGGCCUGGGAGGCCAAGGUCAACGAGGGCAUCGAAGUUUACAACUCCGCAGUGAGCACCUACCAUCGUGUGAUGGCGUCUGAGGGCGGCCAUACCUCGAAAAAACGCGCCCUAUCAGGAGACCAGGAUUCGGAAAUGCCAGAUGCCGACCGCCCGUCCAGACUAGACGAUCCCAGCGUAGGGAGCAGCAUUUUUGCCUCCCCCCACCGCUCGUCCUCAUCCCCCUCUACGAGUCGAACACCGGCCGACCAAUCCGCUGCCAUGGAUGUCGACGGCGCAGGCGCCUCUUCCAAGAAUUCCCCAUAUGAAGAACCGCACAAGGAGGAUGUGAAGGGAAAGGGCAAGGCUAGGGAAGUGAAGGACGAGUCGUCGAGAAAAGGCUCCACAGCCCUCGUGAGCUCGAACCUCCCAGAGCCGUCCAUAUGGGUGUGGGAUGCCCUCAACUCCCGCUAUCGUCUUAACUGGAGAUAUGUGUACAGCCUCCGGCGGCGCCUCGAGUCCAAUUGGGAGCAGGGCAAAUUCGUUAACUUCCAGUUGCCCCUCCCGGAUCAUCCCGAGGAAGGACACCAGGAGUGCAUCUACACAUUGCAAUUUGACUCGCAGUACCUCGUCAGCGGCAGCCGCGAUCGGACCAUCCGCAUAUGGGGCAUGAAGAGCCGACGUCUUCUGCGGCCUCCGCUCAAGGGCCACAGCGGCUCGGUCCUGUCGCUACAGUUCGACGCCGACCCGGAGGAAGAUGUCAUUGUCUCUGGCAGCAGCGAUUCCAAUGUCAUUAUCUGGCGUUUUUCCACCGGCGAGAUCAUUCAACGUCUGACUACGGCCCACACCGAUUCCGUUCUCAACGUCAAAUUCGACAAGCGCAUUCUGGUAACGUGCUCCAAGGACAAGACCAUCAAGAUCUUCAACCGCAGGCCGUUGAAGUACGGGGACGUCGGAUACCCACACACUGAUCCCAUCAAUCCCGUACCUAUCCGCGUUCGCGACUACAGGUACGGUAGCCCUACGGACAGCCUUCCCGUAAUUCCGCCUUACACAAUGAUUGGUCGGCUCGAAGGCCACGGCGCCGCCGUCAACGCCGUACAGAUCCAUGGCAACGAGGUCGUCUCCGCCAGUGGUGACAGGAAUAUCAAAGUCUGGGACUGGCCCAACCAGAUCUGCAGCCGGACCGUGGUCGGUCACGGCAAAGGAAUCGCCUGCGUGCAAUACGACGGGCGGAGAAUCGUCAGCGGCAGUAGCGACAACGAGAUCAAGGUGUUUGACGGUGCUACCGGCAUCGAGGUGGCCAGCUUGAGGGCCCACAGCCACCUAGUCCGAACCGUCCAGGCAGGAUUUGGCGACUUGCCCUACAGCCAGCACGAGGACAAGCUCGUGGCCAAGAAGUUAGACGAGCAGUACCUCAAGGCACUGGAGUCCGGCACCCUUCCCGCUGGACACGGGUCGAGAGGUCGUCUGUCAAGGAGCAGUAACGCCGGAAGCCGAAGGCUGGAAGACAUUAAUGCAUAUGGCGCCUGGCUGCCGCCUGGCGGCGGCGGUGGGAGAUAUGCUCGCAUCGUCUCUGGCUCCUACGACCAGAGGAUCAUCAUCUGGCGUCGCGACGAGGACGAUACCUGGGUCCCCGCACACCGUCUUUACCACGAGCAAGUCGUCGAAGCGGCGCAAGCCCGGUCACCCACCCCCGUCGCACCACCGCGUUCUGCGCCUCCCCCUUCCUCAGCAGGCCGACCAGCAGCCACGGCACCAGGCUCGCAGGCGUCCCUCCAUCAUACGACACUUCCAAACCAGUCCUCCAAUCUAAGGUCGACCAUCGAGUCGCCUAUCAUCGCUACAAUCACGCCCGAUUCGGCGGCCUCUUUCAUGGCAUUGAUUGAUAUUAUCGUUCCCCAGGGUGUGCUUGCCCUCCAACAAGCUUUGGCGAGCUACCCGACCAUGUUAGCCUAUCAGGCACAUCUCCAAGCAGCCAUCAACAGGGAGCCGUUGCCGGCUGUUCGUGGUCAGCUCCGACAGGUUGUGGCCAAUGCUAUUGUCGCCACGCAGCAGGCCCAGGCGCGGACACGGCUCGCUUCCAUGCAACACACGAACGGUCCGAUUGCACCGCCUACCCUUCCCCCGCUGAGCACAAUUGCCGGCCCGAGUACGUCUACCAUGGGUGCAGCCGCGAGUUCUUCUGCCUCUGGACCUCACACUACAACGACGGGGCCGCGCGGAAACAGGACUAUCUACGAUCCCACUAGACCGACCGACCGACCGUCGGAAAGUACGGCUCCUGUCGUCGCAGUAGGCACAAGCGGAACAGUCAGCGCUCAGGACGCCUCGCUGAUUCCCGGUUCAGCCUACCGUGGUCCUCCCCUUGUGCCUCAGGUCGAGGGGCAUAUUCACAUACAAGGGCAGGGAGCAACGCCUUCCGUACAGCAUCACCAGCAGGUCCCCGCGGCACCUGUGCAGUCCCAUUCUAUCCUUGUACCCCCGGCUCAAGCGGCUGCGCCGCCACCCCCACCCCCACCAUCCCAGGGGCAGACUCAGGAGGCUCAGCAGGCUCAGGGUCAAACUCAGACUCAAGCUCAUCACCCCCCGCAACAGCAAGCGGCUCAGGGGGGCGCUGCUGCGCACCACCCACCUCCUGCCAACACAGAUACCACAGCGGCGCGGGUGUUCAAACUUCAGUUCGACGCCUGUCGCAUCAUAUGUUGUAGUCAGACCAGUGUCAUCGUCGGGUGGGAUUUCUGUAACGGAGAUCCCGAGCUGGAGGUUGUGUCCCGCAUCUUCGACAAUAGUCAUCUGGCGUUAAUCGACAACGACAACAACCCGCCAGUUUGGAGCUGA